AUGUCUCCAUCAGGCCUAGGAUGGAUCAUCGUUGACAGCCUCGACACGAUGAUGCUCAUGAACUUGACGGAGCCUCUUUCUGAUGCACGCAAGUGGCUUCACCGCAGUCUCACCUGGGACCAGGACCAGGAUGUCAACACUUUCGAGACCACUAUUCGCAUGCUGGGUGGUUUACUCUCCGCGCAUUACCUUUCGACCCAACUACCCCACGCCGCGUCAAAGAGAGACUCUGUGUACCUUUCCAAGGCAAUCGACUUGGCGGACCGGCUGCUUGUUGCUUUCGACAGCAACUCAGGCAUCCCUUAUGCCAGUGUCAACAUCGGCCAGAGGAAGGGUAUCCCAUCUCAUGCCGAUGGCGGCUCUUCUUCGACGGCAGAAGCGGCUACAGUGCAGUUGGAGAUGAAGUAUCUGUCACAUCUGACAGGGAACGAUGUCUACUGGAAGAAGGCCGAGCAUGUGAUGAAGGUACUUGAUGACCAGAAGAUGGAAGGAGUAGAGUACCUCGCGAAGCAGUACCUCCAGACGGGAGAGACGAUUUAUCGUGACAUGUGGGAAGACGUACUGGAUGGGAUUCAAAAGCAUCUCGUCACCACAACACGCAAUGCUGCUUUGAAGUACAUCGCUGAACUUCCCGCGGGGGUUGGAGGUGCUCUCUCGCCCAAAAUGGAUCAUCUUGUUUGCUUUCUUCCUGGUACUAUUGCUAUGGGUGCUACGGAGGGCCGAACGUUAGCCGAAGCUCGUCGCGAUCCGGAAUGGACGCCCUAUCAUGAAGAUGAUGUGAAACUUGCCAUCGAACUCAUGAAAAUCUGUUGGGGCAUGUACGCUGUCACAGACACUGGACUUGCGCCGGAGAUCGCAUGGUUCAACGCCACAGAAUACGACCUGCAACCGAACCCUGGGGAUAGAAAGCAGCGUAGUGCUAGUAGCAAGACCCGAAACAGUUGA